AUGUCCAAGUCGACCAUAUCCACUUUGCUGGUCACCUUCGGGGAGAUCCGUGGGUGGAAAGGGGCGUGCCAUGCCCAUCAGUUCCGUUAUGGAAGUGGUAAAGUGAUCAACGAGAGCGGGUGGGUAAGAAAGGAACAACACAUAUUGAUCAUGAAGCAUGCCAGCCCCCGGACCUUUCUCGAGCACUAUCAUCCUCUGCAACUCGACACCGAUAUGAUCCGGGUUAUCUAUGGCCUCGACCCGGAUGUGGAACUGAUGCGAGCCGUCCCGCGGCAAAGUCGUUGGCGAGACACACGACGCCCACGCUAUUUAACUGAUCAACAGAGGGCGCAAAUUGAGGAUCACCCCGAGUUGGAAGAGGCCCGGCGCAAUCUUAGCCAGACCCGUGCCUGA